AUGGCCGCACAAGCAGCAGACGCCCUGAAGAAUCUAAAAGUGAAGGACCCGGAAGCUGUCAUGGCUUCGGCAGCUGCGGCCAAGUCGAAUGGCAAUGGGAAUACUGUCGAAGCAGAAGACUCGGAUGAUGAAGAGGAUGAAAAGGCCACUGGUGAGGGCGGUAACGACGGAGCAGCAAAGAAGAAGAGGAAGCGGAAGAGGAAGCCAAAGAAGGCUGGUGGAGCAGUACCUACAAAGCAAUCAUCUCCGCCACGAGUCCUAAUGUCAAGUUUGUUUCCCAGCGGCGAAUAUCCUGCCGGUGAGGAAGUGGAAUAUCGGGAUGAGAAUUUAUACCGAACCACGAAUGAGGAGAAGCGGCAUCUCGACCGAAUGAAUAACGACUUUUUGCAAGAAUAUCGCCAAGGAGCUGAGAUUCAUAGACAAGUGCGACAAUACGCUGCCCAGAACAUCAAGCCAGGUCAAAGCCUGACGGAGAUUGCAGAAGGUAUCGAGGACAGCGUGCGUGCACUAAGUGGUCAUCCUGGAUUGGAGGAAGGUGAUAACAUAAAGGGAGGCAUUGCCUUUCCAACCGGCGUCAACCUGGAUCACAUUGCAGCACAUUACAGCCCUAAUGCUGGAAACAAAACACUUCUGUCAAAAGAUAACGUUAUGAAGGUUGAUUUCGGUGUGCAUAUCAACGGAAGGAUUGUGGAUAGCGCAUUUACAAUGUCUUUCGAUCCUAUGUACGACAAUCUGCUCGAGGCGGUCAAACAAGCCACAAAUACGGGCAUUAGAGAAGCUGGUAUUGAUGUGAGGCUAGGAGAUAUCGGGGCUGCGAUACAGGAGACCAUGGAGAGCUACGAGUGCGAGAUUAACGGAGAGACAUUUCCAGUAAAGUGCAUUCGAAAUCUGAAUGGUCAUGAUAUCCGGCAAUGGCAAAUCCACGGUGGGAAGAGUGUCCCUAUCGUGAAAAGCAACGACCAAACGAAAAUGGAAGAGGGAGAGGUAUUUGCAAUCGAGACUUUUGGCAGUACUGGAAACGGAUACGUCCGCGAUGAUUAUGAAACUUCUCAUUAUGCAAAACGGCAAGAUGCACCAAAUGUUCCGCUCAGAAUUGCCUCUGCAAGCAAGCUUCUCAAUGUCAUUAACAAAAAUUUCGGGACCUUACCGUUUUGCAGACGAUAUCUUGAUCGGUUGGGCCAAGAAAAAUACUUGCUUGGACUGAAUAACCUAGUAUCAAGUGGUAUUGUAGAAGCUUAUCCGCCACUUGUCGAUAAGAAAGGCUCCUAUACGGCGCAAUUUGAACAUACCAUUGUACUCAGACCCACCGUAAAGGAGGUUAUUAGUCGCGGUGACGACUACUGA